AUGCCUCGUCUUGUAGUGCAGGGUUCUUUUUGUAAUUUUCUUCCCCCAUUUAGGCAUGAUCCUUUGGCAUUUCUGAAAGUGGGUGAAACAUUAGCAUUUCUGGUGCGCGAUGCAGCUCAUAUUACGCCGGACAACUUUGAUUCAUGUGUGGAAUGUUUACGAUCUUACACCGAAGCAAGUCUCGACGGAGGACGAUAUGCGGCUGGCCCAUUAAGUGGCGAUGCUCAAAGUCAGCUACGAAGUGUGAAGAAAGAGGAGAAGUCGAGACGGACGAGCAAACAAGAGAGAGAAAGCCGCAAGCAGAUGUCUCUGAAUGCACAAAGCAGCGCUGAGAUCGAUAAGAAGACAUCGUCGCAGGCUGAACCACAGCAACUCUCUGCUAAGAGAGAAAGCCGCAAACAGAUGUCACUGAAUGCACAAAGCAGCGCUGAGAUCGAUGAGAAGACAUCCUCGCAGGCUGAGCCACAGCAACUCUCCGCUAGUUAUCUACAGGUUGCUUUUCAAAUGCUGGAUUUAUGUCAUACCUUGCAUGUAAAAGGAGCCGCCAUAUACUAUAGCUGGGCCGAGGGAGACACAGAGCGUGCAUUUUUGAUACCAGAAAUGCAAGUGAUGCACGGUAAGCAAUGGGAGCAAUGUUUUGGUGAAGUGCUUUUUCCACUGUUACAAAAACUUCUGGAAAAUCUCUCACCAAUGGAUCCAAUUGGAAUGGAAGAAACACGAGUGCGGGCAACGCAGCUUGUUUCGAAAAUUUUACUCAAUCAUCUUACGUUAUAUCAGAAGUUUGAAUUAUACAAACAGUCCAAAAUAUUAUUCAAAAUAUCAUUAGUGUCGAAUAUAUAG